AAGCAUAACUGGCCUCAGUCAGAACAAAGUUCCAACAAUUAAGAAAAGGACGUUAUUCCCUGUCUUGACGAAGUAAACGUUACAAUAAUAUCAUACAUCGAGUCAUGCAAGAUUCAACAAGGCGAUACCCAAAAACAUCUCGAAGAAUGUUGUUCGAAAUUGAUCAUUUUCCAUUGGAGGAGCUCUAUACUUCACCUGAUGAUGUUGAUUCCCCUUUGACCACUUUCACUCAAGAUCUGUUCAAUAGUCAGGCAAGCGUGAUCAUACGCGAAGCUGCCAAGGGAUCGAGUUUCAUCCAAGGAAUGGCUCAAGGAACACUUGAUCCAGACAUCUAUGGCGGAUAUAUGGUUCAAGAUGCAGCAUAUUGUUUCAAWGCAGUCCAAACCUUUGACAUGGCAGCAGAUUCAUGUCAAAAAAGUGGGAAUCCUGAGUUUGCCUUGCUAUUCAGGGUCUACUCAGAGAARUUCAAGACCUACAACCAAGAUUUUGUCAAGAAAUGGAGACUCAAAAACAGCGACAGCGUGGGAAUGGGUCCCGCAGCUGCAAUGUACGUGAGUUAUGAGAGAUCUUUAGGCAAGAGCCAAGACCCAAGGUUUGUGUCCAUUGCUAUGUUGCCUUGUCAAAUGCUUUGGCCUUGGAUUGCUGGUGAGCUGAUUGGAUCAGUUAACAAAGACAACCCAUAUUAUGGCUGGUUCAAUGACAACAAACCCGAUCCAUCUGGCAAGAAGAGCACAGUGGAAAGAUUUGUUAAUCGCUGCUUCACCAAGCCUGAAGACAAACAGAAAGCUGAAGAGAUUUUCUUGGAGGGUAUGGUGAAUGAGCUGAAUUUUUUUCGCGAUGCUUGUGGUGAAGGGCUUCGCUACAAUUUUGGGAAACUUACUGUAGGCUUCGGCCGCAAGUGAUCUCAGUUUCUUUUUCUAAAUAAAACACCCGAACCUUUAUCUACCCUGAUAAAGCCAUAAUUAAGUGAUUGAUAUAAUAUGGUUUAAUAAAUAGUGAAAUGAAUUUGAUAGGAUAAUAUUAGUUUACUACGAUGUUUUAACUAAAAAUAUGACAUAAAAUAUAGCAAUGUGAAAAUGUA